AUGCUGCAACCACGACUUCCUGCUGUGGCCAGGGCGCUUGUUCGCUUUGCGCCGAUCCAGCUCCCGAUCCGCACCUUUGCGACUGCGGCCACGCCGGAAUCGCCGUUUGGCAUUGCCAAAGCCGAGUCGCAGUCCUCGACCAUCCGCACCUACAAGCCCCGAACCCCCGGCGUGCGUCACUUGCGACGACCGAUCAACGACCAUCUCUGGAAGGGCCGCGCUUUUCUGCCUCUGACGAUACCAAAGAGGGGUCACGGCAAGGGCGGUCGCAACUGCUACGGCCGCAUCACAGUCCGACACCGCGGAGGCGGUCACAAGCGCAGAAUACGAAUCGUGGAUUUUGUGCGAAACCGUCCUGGCCCGCACCUGGUCGAGCGAAUCGAAUACGACCCCGGCCGCAGUGCGCACAUUGCUCUGCUGACGGAAAAGGCCACCGGACGCAAGUCUUACGUUGUUGCGGCUGAUGGUUUGCGAGCUGGUGACGUCGUUCACAGCUACCGCUCCGGUAUCCCUCAGGAUCUGCUCAACAGCAUGGGCGGCACGAUUGACCCUGGUAUUCUCGCCGCUAAGACGGCCUUCCGUGGCAACUGUCUGCCCAUGCACAUGAUUCCCGUUGGAACGCAGGUGUUUUGCGUUGGGUCUGCCGCCAAGCGCGGCGCCGUCUUCUGCCGCAGCGCGGGUACCUACGCUACGGUGGUGAACAAGGACGAGGAGACCAGGGCCGACGGUGUCAAGAUUGUGACUGGCAAGUAUGUCGAGGUCCGCCUUCAGAGCGGUGAGGUGCGCAAAGUCAGCAAGCAAGCGUGUGCGACCAUCGGCGUCGCCAGCAACGUUCACCACCAAUACCGCCAGCUCGGCAAGGCUGGUCGCAGCCGCUGGCUGAACAUCCGGCCUACCGUGCGUGGUCUGGCCAUGAACAAGGUUGAUCAUCCUCACGGUGGUGGACGAGGCAAGUCCAAGAGUAACCGUCAUCCUGUUACGCCCUGGGGCCGACCUACCAAGAGUGGCUACAAGACGCGUCGCAAGAACAACGUCAACAAGUGGGUGACUGUACCGAGACCACGCAACCACGGUGUGCAGCGAAAGAAGAAGACUGGUUAA